UACUGUAUAAAUAUUGACUGUUAUAUUUCAGAUUUGCGUUCAUGUUAAUCUUUACAAACACCAUUUCUGAGGUCUUCACUACUGAUCUCCAGAACUGCAAAUGUCCAAGGUCUAUAAAUCCUGUGUGUGCUACAGAUGGGGCUGAACCUAGGACCUUCAGCAAUGAAUGCAUGGCAAACUGCCUUCAGGCAGCAGUAGAGUGUAAAGGAAGAUGUCCUUGCUCAACAGGACAAGAAGUCAUUUCCAAUGAUGAGGACGCUCGCGGAGUUGAUGGAGAAGUGUUAGAUGAGUCUAUUGCUGAUCCUGAAGAUUUGGAGGACUAUCAAGAAUACGGUAAAGAUGAAUCAAGCGAGGAAUCUAGCGAGGAAUCAAGCGAGGAAUCAAGCGAGGAAUCAAGCGAGGAAUCUAGCGAGGAAAAUAGUAAAGAAGUAGCUGAAGACGAGUCCAGUGAAGAAGGUUCUGGGAGCUCUAAAGAGGACCCAGAAGAGUCUCCAGUAAAUGAUUUAGUAGUGGAGCUACAGCAAUAAAGCUAAUAAUAUUAAAUCAUAAAGUUAUAAUUGUUAAAAGAUUCCUUCAAAAAAGUUCCUGAAAUAGAUUCAAAGUUCAAAUACACAUUUUAAUAUAAAAAAUA